AUGUCUUCAAAAUCAAAUAUAAUUACAUUUGAAGGUCAUAGAAAUUUCAGAUUAAGACUAAUACUAUCGUUAUUAUCUGGUAAAUCUAUCAAAAUUGUGAAAAUAAGAUCAGAUGAUUUAAAUCCUGGUUUAAAAGAUUAUGAAGUUUCAUUUUUAAGAUUAUUAGAAAGUAUAACAAAUGGUUCUCAUAUUGAAAUAUCAUAUACUGGUACUACUAUAAUUUUCAAACCUGGUAUUAUAAUAGGUGGCGAUUUAACUCAUAAUUGUCCACAUUCAAAACCAAUUGGUUAUUUUGUUGAAUUUAUAAUUAUGUUAGCACCAUUUUCAAAAAAGAAAUUUAAUAUCAUAUUCAAAGGUUUAACUAACUCACAUGAUGAUCAAGAUUCAGGUAUUGAUUUAGUUAAAUGGGGGUUACUACCAAUAAUGGAGAAAUUUGGAGUUAGGGAAAUAAGUUUACAUAUUUUAAAAAGAGGUAGUCCUCCAUUGGGCGGUGGUGAAGUUCAUUUCCAAUGUAAUUCAUUAAUUCAACAACUUUUAACCAUACAUUCAGUAGAUAUUCCUAAAUUUUCAAUCAUUAGAGGUAUUGCAUAUUGUACAAGAGUUUCACCAUCAGUAGUAAAUAGAAUGAUUGAUACCUCAAGAAAAAUUUUAAAAUCAACUGGUUGUGAAGUUAAUAUUACUGCUGAUGUAUGGAGAGGUGAAAAUUCAGGUAAAUCACCAGGAUUUGGUAUAACUUUAAUUGCUGAAAAUAAACGAGGUUGGAGAAUUUUAUGUGAAAAUACAGGUAAAGCAAAUGAAUUACCUGAAGAAUUAAGUGAAGGAACAACAUAUCAGUUAUUAGAUGAAAUUACAAAAAGUGGAUGUAUUGGUAGAUUUCAAAUAUUACUAUGUUUAGUAUAUAUGAGUAUUGGUAAAGAAGAUAUAGGUAGAAUAAUUAUUCAUAAAGAUCAAGUUGAUGAGAAAUUUAUUUAUAAUUUAAGAGAUAUAAAACAAAUAUUAGGAGUUGAAGCAUUUUUAAAAGAAGAUGAAGAAGAUAAUAAUUUUAUAAUAGUAAACGUUAAAGGUAAUGGAUUUACAAGUAUAUCUAAAAAAGUAGCAUAA